GGGCGGGCAGAAACCAAGCGCCACCGUGCGCCGGCACUUCCCGGCUUCCGUGCCGCGCAAGUCCGGCCCUCGGUGGGACGCGAUCCAAACAGAACUCCUACUGUCCAAGCCAUCGGCAGCCCGCCGCCAUCGCCUCUCCACUCCACCGCACCAUCGUGCCCCCCCGCCCCCGGCGAUCCGACUCCGGGAUGCUCGCGCCGCUUCCGCGCUUGACGAGCGCGCUCCGCGGGCACUUCGACGCCGACCAGGCCUACCUCCUCCGCAAGACCAUCCUCCAGGCUCUCACCCUCCCCAGGCCGCAUGACGAGUGGGAGCUUGCCCGGAAGAUCGUGCCCGGCUGGGACGACGCUUCCAGCGAAGUGCGCCAGGCAUAUAAGCAAUUUAUCGGUGCUGUGGGGGAGAUGUUGAAUGGAGAGGUAGUGUCUGAAGAACUCCGUGAAGUUGCUCAGACUGCAUAUGCCCUGUUUGGUGGCGAUGACACGGAGUACGAUGCCCCCCAAAGAGCCUUUGUCAAAAGGAAUGAAUUGGAGAGGCUUGUGGGCUAUACUGUACAAGACUCAGUUCUAAAGAAGCUAGCUCAGUUAGCUCAGAAGCUCGGUUCCCUUCAACGGGCAAGCGCCCAUGAAUUUGCCCACAGGAAAGCAGAUGAUGUAGAUGAAAAUGAGAGAAGUGAAUUUGGAGCAGACUUUGAUUUCAAGCCACCUGCUCGUUUCGUUAUUGAUGUUUCUCUUGACAUACCCUUAGAAAGUGCUGAAUUGGGCAGUGAAACAUUUGAAAAAGGGCAGUAUGAUGCUUGGAGCACAUCCGCAACUCGUAAUUCAGCUGCUAUUAGGGGUUCUGUGAGUUUGAGGUGGCUGAAAGAUCACUGCGAUUUGAUAACUAGAAGUGAUGGCUCGUUCUCAGGAGAUGAACUUGCAAUGGCCUUGUGCAGAGUGCUCCUAUCAAAUAAAGCAGGCGAUGAGAUAGCUGGUGAGCUGUUGGACCUGGUUGGCGACACUGCCUUUGAAAUAGUUCAGGAUCUUCUUUUGCAUAGAAAAGAGCUAGUAGAUGCAAUUCAACAUGGAUUGGCGAUAUUGAAAUCUGAGAAAAUGACCUCAAGUAAUCAACCAAAGAUGCCAACUUAUGGCACACAGGUAACUGUACAAACAGAGUCUGAGCGCCAACUUGAUAAGAUUAGGAGGAAAGAGGAAAAACGUGGCAAACGUGGUGUAGACACUGGCAAUGGUGAUAUUGGUGUAGAUGAUUUCUCUUCCCUCCUUUUGGCAAGUGAAAGAAAGCAGCCAUUUGAUGAUGUGAUUGGUACUGGAGAAGGGGCAGAUAGUUUUACAGUAACUUCCCUUCCUCAAGGAACCACAAGGAAACACAUGAAGGGCUAUGAAGAAGUGAAGAUUCCACCAACUCCAACGGCAUCACUGAAACCCAAUGAGAAGCUGAUUGAAAUAAGAGAAUUAGAUGAGUUCGCCCAAGCUGCCUUCCAGGGAUACAAGUCACUCAAUCGUGUGCAGAGUCGCAUUUUCCAAGCUACAUACUACACCAAUGAGAAUAUUCUAGUUUGUGCCCCAACAGGUGCUGGGAAAACAAAUAUUGCAAUGAUUGCAGUUCUUCAUGAGGUUAAACAACACUUUAGGGAUGGCAUUUUACAUAAAAAUGAGUUUAAGAUAGUCUAUGUUGCUCCAAUGAAGGCAUUGGCUGCAGAGGUAACAGCGACAUUCAGUCGCCGAUUAUCUCCAUUGAACCUGGUCGUUAGAGAACUUACAGGAGAUAUGCAGUUGACCAAAAAUGAGAUUGAAGAAACACAGAUGAUAGUGACUACUCCUGAGAAGUGGGAUGUCAUUACACGCAAAAGUAGUGACAUGUCACUUUCAAUGCUGGUUAAGCUGAUAAUCAUUGAUGAAGUGCACCUUCUAAACGAUGAAAGAGGUUCAGUAAUUGAGGCACUGGUAGCUCGGACUCUCCGCCAGGUUGAGUCUAUGCAAUCAAUGAUUCGCAUUGUUGGCCUAUCUGCUACCCUGCCUACUUACUUAGAGGUUGCACAAUUUUUGCGGGUUAAUCCGGAGACUGGCCUUUUCUUUUUUGACUCAAGUUAUCGUCCAGUUCCUCUUGCUCAGCAAUACAUUGGGAUCAGUGAAAGGGAUUACACUAAGAAAACUGAAUUAUUCAAUACUUUGUGCUAUGAGAAGGUUGUGGAGUCCAUUAAGCAAGGUCACCAAGCAUUGGUUUUUGUUCAUACUCGUAAGGACACUGGGAAGACUGCUAGAACCCUGAUCGACCUAGCUGCAAAAGCAGGGGAGUUGGAAUUAUUUUCAAGCGCAGAUCAUCCCCAGUUUCCAUUAAUCAAGAAAGAUGUUAGUAAAGCAAAAAGUCGUGAAGUUGUUGAAUUUUUCGAAUCUGGAUUUGGCAUACACAAUGCUGGAAUGAUACGUUCUGACAGAAGUUUGAUGGAGCGCUUGUUUGGUGACGGGCUUUUGAAAGUCCUUGUUUGUACAGCAACAUUGGCUUGGGGAGUAAACUUACCAGCUCACACAGUUGUUAUAAAGGGCACACAGCUAUAUGAUCCUAAAGCUGGUGGGUGGCGAGAUCUGGGGAUGCUUGAUGUGAUGCAGAUCUUUGGACGUGCUGGAAGGCCACAGUUCGACAAAAGUGGCGAAGGAAUUAUCAUCACAACACAUGACAAAUUGGCUUAUUACUUAAGGUUAUUGACAAGCCAGCUUCCAAUAGAGAGCCAGUUCCUUGGAUCUCUGAAAGAUAAUUUAAAUGCUGAGGUUGCCUUGGGCACGGUAACAAAUGUCAGGGAGGCCUGUGCCUGGCUUGGCUAUACAUACUUAUUUAUAAGGAUGAAAACUAAUCCUCUGGUUUAUGGAAUAACUUGGGAAGAGGUUUUGGGAGAUCCUUCUAUGGGCGCGAAACAAAGAACAUUCAUUAUUGAUGCUGCACGCGCACUAGACAAAGCUAAGAUGAUGCGCUAUGAUGAAAAGAGUGGCAACUUUUACUGCACAGAACUUGGUCGAAUUGCAAGCCACUUUUACCUUCAGUACUCCAGUGUUGAGACUUACAAUGAGAUGCUUCAACGUCACAUGAGUGAAAGUGAGGUGAUUACUAUGGUCGCCCAUUCCUCUGAAUUUGAAAAUAUUGUUGUGAGAGAAGAAGAACAGGAUGAAUUAGAAGCCCUUGCUAGGAAAGCAUGCCCCUUGGAAAUUAAGGGUGGGCCGACUGACAAACAUGGGAAAAUUUCAAUUCUCAUACAGGUUUAUAUUUCCCGUGCUCCAAUUGAUAGCUCCUCUUUACAUUCUGAUGCUCAAUACAUUAGUCAAAGUUUGGCUCGCAUUAUGAGGGCACUAUUUGAGAUUUGUCUGCGUCGGGGGUGGUCUGAGAUGUCAUCCUUAUUACUAGAAUAUUGCAAGGCCGUGGACCGCAAAAUAUGGCCUCAUCUCCAUCCACUUAGGCAGUUUGAUAAGGAUCUUUCUCCUCAGAUAUUGUGGAAACUUGAGGAAAGAAAUGUUGAUCUGGAUCGUCUUUAUGAGUUGGAGGAAAAUGAAAUUGGUGCACUGAUCCGAUUUUCUCACCAGGGAAAGCUGGUUAAGCAAUAUGUUGGAUACUUCCCAUAUGUCAACUUAUCUGCAAUUGUGAGCCCAAUCACUAGGACGGUUCUUAAAGUUGACCUGCAUAUAACGCCUGAUUUUGUGUGGAAAGAUCGUUAUCAUGGCAUGUCAGAACGAUGGUGGAUUAUUGUUGAGGAUUCUGAAAAUGACACCAUCUAUCACUCUGAGCUAUUCACACUGACGAAGAAGAUGGCAAGAGGAACACCCACAAAGAUAUCUUUUAAUGUACCAAUAUUUGAACCUCACCCACCACAGUACUAUAUACGAGCCAUAUCAGACUCAUGGUUACAUGCUGAGUCACUCUUUACUAUUUCUUUUCAUAAUCUGACAUUACCACAGACACAAAUAACGCACACUGAACUUUUGGACUUGAAGCCUCUUCCGCUGAGUGCUCUUGGCAACAAAACAUAUGAGGAUCUCUACAGAUUUUCACAUUUCAAUCCGAUACAAACUCAGGCUUUUCAUGUUCUUUAUCACACGGAUAAUAAUGUACUUUUGGGAGCUCCAACUGGAAGUGGAAAGACAAUUUCGGCAGAACUAGCAAUGCUUCAUCUUUUCAAUACUCAACCAGACAUGAAGGUAGUUUACAUUGCCCCUCUAAAGGCUAUAGUGAGAGAAAGAAUGAAUGAUUGGAGAAAACGUCUUGUAACUCAGCUCGGGAAGAAAAUGGUUGAGAUGACUGGUGACUUCACUCCAGAUUUGAUGGCCCUAUUAUCAGCUGACAUCAUAAUUUCUACCCCUGAAAAAUGGGAUGGGAUUAGUCGAAGUUGGCAUAGCAGAAGCUAUGUUAUGAAGGUGGGGCUCAUGAUAUUGGAUGAGAUACAUCUUUUGGGAGCUGACCGUGGACCCAUCCUUGAGGUCAUUGUAUCAAGAAUGCGAUAUAUAUCGUCACAAACAGAUCGUUCAAUUCGGUUUGUCGGUUUAUCAACAGCAUUAGCAAAUGCUCGUGAUUUAGCUGAUUGGUUGGGCGUUACGGAUGACGGUCUAUUCAAUUUCAAGCCUAGUGUGAGGCCUGUACCUCUUGAAGUGCAUAUCCAGGGAUAUCCUGGGAAAUUCUACUGUCCGAGAAUGAAUAGUAUGAACAAACCAGCUUAUGCAGCCAUAUGCUCUCAUUCACCCAAUAAACCUGUUCUCAUUUUUGUGUCAUCACGUCGACAGACAAGACUUACAGCCCUUGAUAUCAUUCAGCUUGCAGCGUCAGAUGAAAAACCAAGGCAGUUCCUGAGCAUGGAGGACAACUCCCUAGACAUGGUUCUUUCACAAGUUUCUGAUAGUAAUUUGAGGCAUACUCUUCAGUUUGGCAUUGGUCUGCAUCAUGCAGGUUUAAAUGACAGAGACAGAUCCUUGGUUGAGGAACUCUUUUCAAACAAUAGGAUUCAGGUACUGGUAUGUACCAGCACGUUGGCAUGGGGUGUCAAUCUUCCAGCUCAUCUGGUCAUAAUCAAGGGCACUGAAUACUAUGAUGGCAAAACAAAAAGAUACAUCGAUUAUGAUAUCACAGAUAUUCUGCAAAUGAUGGGUCGUGCUGGUCGACCACAAUACGACCAACAUGGCAAAGCUGUUAUUCUUGUCCAUGAACCAAAAAAGAGCUUUUACAAGAAGUUCCUCUACGAACCAUUUCCUGUGGAGAGUAAUCUGAGGGAGCACUUGCACGAUCACAUAAAUGCAGAAAUUGUUUCUGGCACCAUCAGCAACAAGGAGGAAGCGAUUAUUUAUCUCACUUGGACUUACCUAUAUCGCAGAUUGGUUGUUAAUCCAGCCUACUAUGGAUUGGAGGAUACUGAAACAAAUACCUUGAAUUCUUAUCUCUCAAGGUUAGUCGAAAGUACAUUUGAAGAUCUUGAGGACAGUGGAUGCAUAAGAGUAGAUGACCGCUCUGUAAAGUACUUGAUUUUGGGAAAAAUAGCAUCGCAGUAUUACCUUAGCUACCUCACUGUUUCAAUGUUUGGGUCAAAUAUUGGCCCCAAUACAUCAUUGGAAGCCUUUGUGCACAUACUGUCGGCUGCUGCAGAAUUUGAUGAGCUUCCUGUACGCCACAAUGAGGAUAACUUGAAUCGAACACUCAGUGGAAAUGUCCCAUAUCCAGUUGAUCAACACCACCUUGAUGAUCCACAUGUUAAAGCCAACUUACUCUUUCAGGCACAUUUCUCAAGAGCUGGAUUACCAAUUAGCGAUUACGCCACAGACUUGAAAUCAGUUCUUGAUCAGAGCAUACGUAUUAUACAGGCAAUGAUUGACGUAUGUGCCAAUAGUGGAUGGCUUUCAAGUGCAUUGUCUUGCAUGCAUCUCUUGCAGAUGAUCAUACAGGGUCUCUGGUUUGAGAGGGACUCAUCACUCUGGAUGUUGCCAUCCAUGAAUGAUGAUAUUCUAGGUCAUCUCCAGGGUAGAGGAGUCUCAACAGUCUCAGCCUUGCUGGAUUUUUCUCGUGAAGAAUUGCACAGGCUCCUUCAACCAUUUUCUGCAUCAGAGUUGUACCAGGAUCUGCAACAUUUCCCUCGUGUUGAUGUGAAACUUCAGCUUCAGAAUGAACAAGAGCGGUCCAAAUCUCCAACUUUAAACAUCAGAGUACAAUUGAAAAAUUCACGGCGUUCAACAUCAAGAGCAUUUGCCCCUAGAUUUCCCAAGGCAAAACAAGAAGCUUGGUGGCUGGUCCUGGGGAAUGCUACAAGCUCAGAGCUGUAUGGUCUAAAAAGAAUAAGUUCUGCAGAUCGGGUGGUUAACACUCGCAUGGAAUUGCCACAGAUGUUCAAUAUCCAGGAGACGAAACUGAUUUUGGUGUCAGAUUCCUACCUAGGUUUUGACCAGGAGUACUCUCUUGAGCAUCUCACCAAGCGUUGAGAACAUUGUUCAGGGUUCGGAGCUGUGGCCCACAAUGUUUUUGUAUGUUCUCUAUGAUGGUGGCAGGGUGUUGCCGCUCCCAGUGUAUACAUGAUUUUUCGGAAGCCAUCGAGUGUCCUGAUCGAGAAUGCAGCAACUGUCUUCACCAGGGCUGGACUGUUAAAUUCUUGUAUUUUCAUUUAAGCUCGAUAGAUGAAGUUGAAAGGUGAAUAAGAUCCCGCGCCGUGAGUCUGCAGAAUGUACCGGGAGCAAUAAUUUCAAAUUGAGGCAUUUGUGUUCUUACUCCUACUUUGUUCAAAACAUCAAAAGCUAUGUAAUGUAGUAAUACUGGAUUAAGGCAAAGAGCUUACUUUUCUCA